AUGAAAGGAAAGUCCAGGGUGGAUAGAGCUCCAAUAGGUACAUGCUCGCCUGGUUCUGGUUCAGACUUGGACUCUCCCGCCCAGCGUGCGUAUAAAAGCCUUUCUACCACCGUUCUUCACCGUCAGUCCAUCUCUGCUCUUACCUCCGAUCUUUUCUCCUUCGACAUGUCUCCCAUCAGCUUGCUGGGGUUGGCAGGAUGCCUCCUGGCCGUGAUGAGCGUGGUAUCAGGUCAAGGAUACAAUAAAGAUGGGUACUUUCAGUACGUGAAUGUGCCUGGACACAAGCAGUAUGAAUUUGGGUACAAAAGGGGGAAUCCCUAUCACAACACGGCUCGCUAUGAACAGACCAAGGGUCAUCGUUUCCGCACCAGGGCUGUCUGGAAGGACAAGGACGGGUAUGGGGAGCACUAUUGGGAAUACAAUCACGGACCGAAGAAGGGGUACAGCAGUGGAAGCAGUGGGAGCGGCAGUGGAAUCGGUUAUGGGAAGCAUCCCAAGGAACUCCCUCCCAUCUCCGGACCUGCUUACGGCAAGCCCUAA